CCAACAUCAACACUAAGGAAACUUUUCGCACCUGACAUUUCAUCAAUAUUUUUCUUUGCAAAAAAAAAAUGCGAAAGCAAAUGCAGAAAUUCAUUCGGAAUCGUUCGGUGUCGGAUCUACUGCGCACAUUCUUUUCGGGGUGGCAAUACUGAUUACAAACAUGAUUUCGAAUCGAAAAAGUAGAAUCCAAUAAUACAAAAAAAAAAACAAAAGUUAUUCAACCAACCACCCUUUCUACCUGAACCGCACAAAAAUAUACUCAGCACAAACAAAAGUAUUUCUCAAAAAAUAAUGACAUAUUUUAAGUACAAGGCCGACAGACGACCUCUGCUCUCGGCGGCCGAAGAUGAAGAGGACUUUAAGCGACUGGACGAUGACGACCAUGAGCAUGACAAUUCGGAAGUGGAACUGGUGUCGGUGUCGGCGGCAGCGGCUAAACAACGCCAUCAGAUUCAUAGGGGUGCUCGCAAAUUAACACGUUUUGUAAUGGUGUCAUUUGCAUUUUUGUCAUUUUUCCUCCUUAUUUAUAUAGCGAUAUGUAAUAGUGUAAUAAAUCGAAGAGUGGCAUUGCCUGGCUGGGGAUAUAAUACAUCUCGGAAUACCGCUGAUUAUGUCCUCCCUGACGAGGAUACGGAUUUGAUAAAACCUCAGCAUAUUUGCGAGAAUAAAUUCUUUUUGUUAAUCGUGGUGUGUUCUGCCUUGAAUAACUUUGAAGCUAGACAAAACAUACGUGAAACAUGGGGAAAUGCAUCGGAAUUCAACUACAGUAUGUUUGGAACGAUGCAUGCUGAUAUGAGUGGUCAUUAUUUAGACAAGAAAACUGAGAGCUUCAACCGUUACAAAGAAUAUUUCAAUGAAACUUCCAAUUAUGGGAAUCCAGUGAGAGUGGUAUUCCUUAUCGGACGCAGUGAAUCCGAACAACAUCUGGGCAAUGAAAGCAAAGUCCGUCUCAAACAAGAAGCCGAUCAAUACGAUGAUCUCAUCCAAGAGAACUUCAUCGAUACGUACAACAAUCUAACUGUGAAAUCAGUGAUGAUGCUCAAAUGGGUAAAUAAACAUUGUAGUGAUAAGAGUAAGUUUCUCAUGAAAUGCGACGACGACACAUUUGUAAAUGUUCCCAAUUUACUACACUAUCUCCUUGGCGGUACAAUUCCCAUUUACAAUGCCACCGUUCAAUAUCACGAUGUUGUAUCGUAUAAAGUUAUGUCGCCAGUGAAUCGUUUGCAUUUGCUGCAGAAUUUCCUCAUUGGUUAUAUGUUUUGUUUUGUGAAGCCAGUGGCAAAUAUCAGCAGCAAAUGGUAUGCUCCAUUCUACAUGUAUCCCGGUGACACUUAUCCCAAAUACCUAUCAGGUGCUAGUUAUCUCAUGUCCAGUGAUGUUAUUGGUCGGCUCUAUGAUGCCGCUUUGAAUACAUCUUUGUUUCAUUUGGAAGAUGUCUAUAUAACUGGCAUCUGUGCCGAACACAUCAACUUGCCGCGGCAUCAUAAUUCAUUGUUUUGUUUUGAUCAUUCGAAAAAUGUGUGCAGUUUCAAAGGAACCAUUACUCAGCAUUAUGUCAAAGGUGAUUCGAUGAGAGAGGCGUAUGCUUUUGUUAUGAAUACCACAAACAAAUGUCCGCCACCAGAUAAGUACUUCAAGACUAAUAGAUUGCGAAAACGUGCUAAGAAUUGCAAUUAAUUUUUGUUUGUCUUUUAUUUUUAAAUAAUUAUUAUUUUUUGUUUUUGUUUGCCUGUGUUUGAAACAGAGCCCUCCUUCUUUUUUUUUAGUUUAAAAAAUUAAUUUUAAAAGAAAAAGUAUAUAUGAAAAGUCGUGUUCUUUGUUGCCCUAUGAGGGACGACGAGUAUAUAAAAAAAGGCUGAAUGAGCAUUCUGUUGUUGGUGUUUAACUUUUGAAUCAAAAAUCACUAAAAUUAAGUCAGUGGCAAUUUGAUUGCAUACUGAAACUAUUAGACAUUUAAAGUAGCUUAUAAUUCGGAAGAGUGAUGAUGGUAAAAAAUCACUUUUAAGUUUGCAUUUUUUCGACUUUGUUAAACCAGUUUUUUUUCUUAGCUCGCAUUUUAUUGAUAAUUCUAUCAUAUUUCUCUUGCUUAAAAUAUUUCUCUUAUUUAAUCAUUACUUACUACUUUCUUUCUAACUUUUCUUUUAGAUCUCUUUUAGAGAGACUGUUAAGUUUUUUAAACAAAAUUUCAACGAGUCUCGAAUAGCUUUCAAUCAAAAAAAUGCUCUAGAGCUACGGUAAUAUUUCCUGAACAUUUUUUUGAAAUAAUUCUGAAAAAAAAGUAUUGAUCUCACUCAUAAAUCAUACUCCUCUUCCAAUAAACUUUAUUUUAUUUAUCAUAACUCAAGUCAAUGUGCCAGUCUACUAAAGUUGUUAAAAGCCAUGGCUAUGUUUUUUUCAGGAACUGCCUCUGAAAAUAAACACCGAUAUAAGACCCAGACGCAGUUCCUUUGAAAAGUUUAUCUUUAAACCACUCUUAAACUUUAGAAAAUGAUUUCAAAACUAAACCAAAGUUAAAUAUUUAUAUUGUUACAUGACUUGUUUAUCUGCAAGAGUUUUCAAAAGACUCUGUUCUAUAAUAACUCAACAACCGAAUGCUCAUAGUUUUGCGCUUAAAUCGCCCUUUAAGCUAGACAUGUACGAAAGCUAUAAGAAAGAUUUACAUUUAAAUACUCUAGCAAAGCGUGAUAAGACGUCCCAUUCCCACCACUUUAAUUCUAGAUUAUUUAUCUUGUAGUUCAGUUUAAAUUAAACAAAACAAAAAAAUUAAUUCAAUAGGAAACAUAUAUAAAAAAUAACUAUUAUUAUUAAAACAAAAAUAGAAACAAAAUAAACGAAUAAAAAUAAAAUUAUAAUCGAGACAAAAUAAGUAGAUGUGCCUUGUUAGAAUGAGAGAGCUAUCGUCAUCUAUGUAAAUUAAAUUCAUUUAUUUCAAUCCACUUUGUAAAACAUUAAAACUACCCUCAACUCAACUUAACUCCACAUAACUCAACAACAAUAACAACAAACAUUGUUUUUAAGUUUACAUAAACAUACUACAUCCUUAAGCAAGCAAAAGUGGAUCAAAAUCAAACUAGCAAAGAGAAAAACAAUUAUAAUUUAGAACUAAUAAAUAAAACCAAGAAUACCGUGUGUACAUAUUAUUUUGAAAAAAAUACAUAAAGUAACAUUAAUUAAACAUUUUAAUUUAAGAUUAUAUUUUUUCGCACUGAUUUGUUAUGUUUUUUUUUCUUUUUCUUAUCUUCUUUUCUUUAUUUUCUUUAAGUUUAGUGCUAAUUAAAAUAAAAAUUGUGAUUUUAUUUAGAAAAUAAAGUAUUGUUUAAUUAAGUAUUUAAGUUCUUUCUUUUUUGUUUUAUUUUUAGUUUUCUUUUAAUAUUUAAUUUUAAAAUAAAAAAAAUAGUAAAUAUUUUUUUAAAAAUUAUCCUCGCAAAAAUAUUGAUUUAGUGGUAGUUAAGUUAUACAUAUUACAAUAUAUUCUUUUUGUUUUACAUUUUACAUUGAUUAAAUUCUUUUGUUUCAAAUAUUGAUGAAUUUGAUGAUCCUUGCUUUUGGGAGUGCCAAUAAAGUUAUAUACAUAUAAGUCUUCUUAUGCUAAACAAAAUAUUGAAGAUAGAAAACAGAUUUUAUUGUAGUUUAAGCACGAUGAUUUUACAUUGUAUAUUACAGUUAUGUAUGUAUUUAGUCUUCAUUUUUUUAAACAAUCAAUUAGAUACUAAAAGUAUGAUGAAAAUAAAAAUAUUUAAACUUAAA